AUGAUGUUUCCAAUCCUCAGACAAUGGCAGCACCAAGGGGUCCUCAUGACUUUUUUACUUCUGAUGAUCAUCAAAAGGAGAUGUGUCAUGGGGCUCCCAGCGGACAUAGGCGAAAUCGCUGCUGGGGAGGAGAUGGCGAAAAAUUUGGGAGAAAUAACUGGCGCCCACGAAGGGACGCAUAGCGACGUUCUUCACCACCUACAAAACUCGGAUCACCAGCAGGACUUGAACUUCGACUCGCAGACAAGAGAUCAUGGAAAGGCUUCGAAUCACGAAGAUGACUCUUCCUCAUCUUCUCAUGAAGAUGACGAUACUUCAUCGUUAGGUGCAGACACAGCUUGGUUCGAUGGAGACUUGCCAUCUGUUUCUGCUGGAGAGCAUGACCAACACAUGGAAGAAGCCAUCAAGAACUGGAGAUCAGUAGAUCACCAGCAAGCCGAUCAAGAAAUCAACGACAAGACCAACGAAUUGAUCAAACUAAGAAAUAAACUCCAACACUUCCAAACAGAAGAAAAGGCGAAUCUGGUCAGAGUAGAUGAUAUACAUCGUAAGGCAUCUGAGAAGCUUAUAGAAGAAUUGAAAAGAGAUCCUAGUUUGAAGAAAAAGCUGUCCACACAAGAGGGCAAUUUGAAGGAUAGCGAGGAUCCUUCGGUACAAUCAUGGUUAGAUAUAGUAGCAAGGGUAAAACUAUUCAAGAAACCUUCGGAAAAACCAGCUUUUGUGAAGUGGUUGAUCAGAUCCUUCUGGGAAAACCCACGUGACCUUGUUAUGAAAGUCUUUGGAGGUAAAUACUAUCGAAGUUGGGCGGCAUGGAGAUACCUAAACAGUAUGGUUUCUGAUAAAACUUUCAGGAGUCGUGAAGAUAUUCAAGAAGCUCUCGAGAUAUUUCAAAAAUUGGGAAAAUCAAGAUUGACCGACAAUCAGAACAAACUAAUCAUUCUGUUAAAGGAAGAAGGAAUACAAGCGGUUGAAGAGAAACAUAAAACACUUAUUGCUGAGGCCUCUCGACUUGGUUUCGAAGAAAACAUGAUAAUUCCGAAAGAUGCCAGGGAAAUUGUACAGCGACAUAUGAAAUACUUAAUCAACAUGGUCCAUAGUGCUCAUUUCUCGGAUGAUGAUAAACUGGAGUUAGCACGUCUGACUAUCGAACCAUCGCCUACAAAGAACAUAGAAAAGUUAGAAAUUCUACAGGCCAAAGAGGGUGUCUCAAAAAUGAUCUACGAUGAAUUGGAGAAAGCAGCGUAUAUACAGGAAAAGUUGGUCGGUCAUCAUGAGUUGACACCUGAUCAAAAGAUACUUUUGAAGCAUAUUUACAACCAUCCUGAAUCGUUUCAUAUCGUCCCAGAAGAACUAUCGGAAGCGGAAAGCAACCUUCUAUCGGAAAUUUCACAUUUGUAUGAAACACGUCGUCGAUGCAUUAAUGAACAAAAGGCGGAAGUACAGCUUUUGAAGGAGAGGAUGAAAAACCAGGAUCAUUUCGCUUCCCGAAAAGCUGGACGCUUGGCACAAAUAAAAACAAAUCACGGUGAUAGAAAUGGACCCGUACUGAUGGAUGAUUCAGAUAUUGAGGUGAUGGAAGGAUUAGCUCAACAAGCAGAUGAAGAAAGUCGUAAGAUCAAGAUUCCGUCUACAGAAAUCACAAAGAGCGGCGAAAUUUUGGUGGAUCGAUCCAAAGAAAACAUCGUCGUUUUGGAACCGAAAGUAACCAGCCAAAAUCAAGACGUGAAGGCUAUAGAGAUUUUGGAAGGUCUCGGUGCGGAAGGUGCUUUGAAGACCGAAGUGGACUUGAUUGUUCGAAAGCUCGAAAACCGACCGUUUGUCUUGACAAAAGGCGAACAAGAUCGCGUUCUUUAUGCAGCUGAAGAGGCCAAGAAAAACGUGGGCAAAGAACCGGAUGUCGAACUUGCGCGGGAUAUGCUUGAGCUCAGUUCAAAGAAUCAUUUCUUCCCUGAUGCAUUUAACACCCCAGGACUUAAUCAGAAAGGUACUCUUCAGAAGAUACUACGGGGAGAGCCCCUGUCGCUAAGAGAGUCUGUAAUGGCGAACUCACUGGCAGCCGCAUAUCGUCAACACAUAGUUGACCGGAUGACUGAACCUGAACUGGCUCUUCUAUCGGUUCGCAAAUUCAAGCACACGAUGCAGCAUCUAUCUGAAGGAGAGACGAACGCCCUGUUAGAACGGAUAGAGCGAUAUUCUCUUGGUCCAGACGAAUAUUUUACAAUUUUGAUGGCGCUGGAAAAGAAAAAAUACUUUACCUCAGAUCAAUGGUUCCUGUCCUUCGUGAGCCACGCAGAGAGUUCCGGUACGGAAAUUUCUCCAGAGCUUGCGGAAGUCAAGAGUGGGUUGGAAAAUUCGAUUCACCUGAGCCCUCACCUACAAGAAGUGCUUGAUCACUUCAAUGUAAACGUGAAACUGGCAAUUGUGAAACAACUUGAGGAAGAGGGUUCUGAAGAAGGGCGUUUCCUCGAUGAAGCUAUGGGUAUUAUUGGCUCUGCCGCGAUUGGUACCACAGAUCUUGAAAGGUUGCAGCUGAUCUCACAAAUGAAUGCACAAGAAAUUCGAGCAUUAUUCGAACAUCAAGACAAGUAUGAAGACUUGGACAAGUUAGUCAAGGAGGCUCAACGCAAACUGUCCUUGGUAAAAGAGUAUGAUCAAAGAAUGCACAUAUUUAGUAAAGAACAGCAAUCACUUGAAGAAAAAGUAGACGCUCAACGUUCACUGUCAGAACUAAGCUUUCAAAACUUGGAACAAACAAAGCACAUCUUCAAUGAAAAGCUGAAGUCUCUGGGUAUUGAUCAUCAUUUCUAG